AUAGUUUCAAGUUUAAGAAACUCAUACAACUCGAACCAACCUUCAACACAUCUUUUCCGAUCAACUUCUUCUCUCAAGUGUGGAGAUCCUAUUACGAAUCACAGUUCCCCCAACUCAAAGAAGAGAGAGAUAUUGCACCACAAAUCAAACAUCUCAGCUUCAAAAGAGUGGAACCUCGUUUUGCACGUGGAUAGGAGUUACUUGUGAUUCUCCUAGUAGCAGGGUGACUAAAUUAGAUCUCUCUUAUAUGUAUCUCGAAGGCAGCUUCCCACAGGAAAUUGAAAAUCUUUCUUCUCUUGUUAAUCUCGAUUUGAGUUGGAACUCUUUUCAUGGUCGGCUACCAAAGGACAUUUGCAUGCACAAUAACCUUCAAAGACUCAAACGACUUAACCUAUCGAGGAACGAAAUGGAAGGAGAUAUACCGUCAAGUAUGUACCAAUGUCCACAACUUGAGAGUAUUGACUUGUCAGGCAACAACUUUGGUGGACAUGUGCCUGCACAAAUUUGGAAUAUCACACUGCUUAAGGUAUUAGACCUUGGUUUGAACAAUUUGAUAGGCCGCUUACCAAAAGACAUUUGCUCGCAUAACAACCUUCAAAGACUCAAACUACUUAGCAUGUGGGCGAACGAAUUGGAGGGAGAUAUACCAUUGAGUUUGGGUCAAUGUACACAACUUGAGAAUAUUGACUUGUCAUGGAACAACUUCGGUGGAAAUGUCCCUAGAGAAAUUGGGAACAUCACACAGCUUAAGGAAUUACACCUUGAUGGAAACAAUUUGAAAGGUGAUAUUCCGAAAGAGAUUGGUUAUCUUAAUUACUUAGAAGUAUUAGACUUGAGUUCCAACAAUCUGAGUGGACGAUUACCAAGACAACUUUGGAAUGUCACGACUCUUCGUAAAUUAUACAUUGGCAACAUCUCUUUAACUGGUGGUAUUCCGAAAGAGAUUGUUUAUCUUAAUAAUUUAGAGAUUUUAGACAUGAGUGGCAACAAUCUUAGUGGACCAUUUCCAAGACAAAUCUUGAACAUCACAAGUCUCCGUCAACUAAACCUUGGUGGCGCCUCUUUAAAUGGUCCAAUACCAUCCACCAUUGGGAAUCUAUCGAAUUUGUGGUGGCUAGACCUCUCUUCCAACAAAUUAAAUGGUCCAAUACCAUCCACCAUUGGGAAUCUAUCAAAUUUGUGGGACCUAGACCUCUCUUCCAACAAAUUAAACGGUCCAAUACCAUCCACCAUUGGGAAUCUAUCCAAUUUAUAUGUAUUACAACUCUCUUACAACAAAUUAAAUGGUGAGCUUCCAUUCUCCAUCUGCAACUUGACUUCCCUUGGGUAUCUUCUUCUCUCAAAUAACAGUUUGGAAGGGACAGUUCCACAAUGCUUUCGAAACUUGAGCAAAUCGUUGUCCAUAUUUCAUUUAAAUGCAAAUAACUUUAGUGGCCCCAUUCCAUCAAUAUUUAUCAAAGGGUGUAGUCUUCAGUCCAUCAAUUUGAGUGGUAAUAAAUUGCAAGGAAGAUUACCUAAAUCCUUAAUCAAUUGCAAAAGUCUGAAGGGUCUAGACGUUGGAAAUAAUAGAAUACAAGAUGAAUUUCCGUUUUGGAUGGAAGGUCUUCCUAAGCUUCGAGUACUCAUAUUGAAGUCCAACAAGUUUGAUGGUAACAUGUCGCUGCCUUCACGAAGCAACCUUCCAUUUCCCAAGUUGCAAGUCUUAGAUAUAUCAGAGAACGAAUUUGUGGGCUCUCUACCUCAAAGAUAUUUCAAGAGUUUUAGAGCAAUGAUGGAUGUAAAGGAAAAUCAAACAGAUGGAUAUUAUGAUGAAUUUCAAGAAUUUUUGGAGAUGAGAAUCACUUUGAAAGGUCUCGAUCAGUUACUGACGAGAUUGUUGGAAGCCUUUACAACCAUUGACUUAUCCUCCAACAAUUUCUCUGGUAGUAUUCCAGAUUCCAUAGGUAAUCUUAAUUCUUUGAGAUACUUGAAUUUGUCGCACAAUAAUCUCAUGGGACACAUACCUGCAUCUCUUGGAAAUAUAAGUGUGCUUGAAUCAUUGGACUUGUCAUCGAAUAAAUUGGAUGGAGGAAUUCCACGUGAAUUGACGAGGUUGACAUUUCUUGCGAAAUUAAACCUGUCAAUGAAUAAUCUAGUGGGGCAAAUACCACAAUCUACUCAGUUUUCCACAUUUGAGAAUGAUUCAUAUGUGGGAAACUUGAGAUUGUGUGGAUUUCCUUUGACGAGAAAAUGCAACGAGGAGAAUGGGCAGCGGAAGCAGCCAGAAGAAGAAGAAGAAGAUGAUGAGUAUGGAUUUAUAGAUGGAUUUGGUUGGAGAAGUGUGGUGAUGGGAUAUGGAAGUGGAUUCAUAGUUGGAAUUGGAAUUGGUUACAUUAUCAUUAGAAAAGCAAGGCCAAGAUGCUUAGUGGAAUUCUUUUUUGGUGUUGGAUAUAAUAAUAAGAAGAAGAAGAAGAAGAGACGCAACACAGCAACACCAACACAGAGGAGAAGUUGAUACAACAUGAAAAAUUUAAAAGCUUGUUCGAGUUAUUUUGAAUCUUUGUAUCACACUUUUUCUUCAGUUUGUUGUAAGUGCUUGUGCUUCAAUUGUUUCUCUCUUUCUUUUUUAUCUUUUUGUAUUUAUUACAUGAUAUAUAAUUAUAUAGGAGUAUGUUUUUAUUAU